AAUGUUUUUGAUUUUAUACUAAUCCAUCAGACUAGUGCUCUCUUCUGUCACACGCAAUUUUGGGCUCUCUCUCUCUCUCUCUCUCUCUCUCUCUCACAUUCUCUGUGUGUGUGUGUGUGUGUUUCUUGAAAGGUUAAAACAGGGCAGAUUCUUCUUUUUAAUUUCAACCAGAUUGUUUCAUAUCAACCAUAUUCCUGUAAAAGGGAAAACUAAGAUAGAGACAGCAGAAUAAUGGAGAGGGAUAGUGAAAUCAAGGUAUCAAAGUUCAAGAGGAUUUGUGUUUUCUGUGGGAGUAGCCAAGGGAAGAAGAGCAGCUACCAAGAUGCUGCUAUUGAGCUUGGCAAAGAAUUGGUUUCAAGAAACAUCGAUCUGGUGUAUGGAGGAGGUAGCAUUGGGUUAAUGGGAUUGGUCUCACAAGCUGUUCAUGAUGGUGGUCGUCAUGUUAUUGGGGUUAUUCCCAAGACGCUCAUGCCUCGAGAGUUAACUGGUGAAACUGUAGGAGAAGUGAAAGCAGUGGCAGAUAUGCACCAAAGGAAAGCAGAAAUGGCAAAGCAUUCUGAUGCUUUUAUUGCUUUACCAGGUGGAUAUGGCACUCUUGAAGAGCUGCUUGAAGUGAUAACAUGGGCUCAACUCGGCAUUCAUGAUAAGCCGGUUGGUUUGUUGAAUGUGGAUGGAUACUACAACUCGUUACUGUCGUUCAUUGACAAAGCGGUUGAGGAAGGGUUCAUCAGCCCAAGUGCUCGACACAUCAUCGUGUUGGCACCAACCGCGAAGGUUUUGGUUCGUAAACUGGAGGAGUAUGUGCCUUGCCAUGAAAGAGUUGCUUCAAAGUUGAGCUGGGAAAUGGAGCAACAACUUGGGUACACUGAUUAUGACAUUUCUAGGUGAUUUCAAAAUGGGUGUUUAUCCUCCUCCUUUUUUUUUUUUUUUUGAUGAAGGGAUUUGUGGCAGUGAAAAAAGGUGCUAACUUUGAAAGGGGUUUUUGCUUUGCUCUAAUUAGAAUAUUAAUUGUUGAAGUGAAGGGGGUUCAUGAUGUUCUCUUUUUUUGUAAAUUAUUGAAUAUCGAUGAUGAUAUGACUCAAAAGUAUCGCAUAUUUUCAUGUAACUUCACUUUAUUUCGUAAAAAUUUGAUGCAACA